AGCGCGCCUCUUGAGCAGAGUCGUUGGAAGGCGAAAAGGUCAGAGGUGGCAGAAAGGUGCUGCUUUACUCAGUCAUGGCGUCUCUGAGCUGGAGGUCUUGUGUACGGUUGUAUCGGAGUGUGUCUCCACUGUGUAGCGGGAUGAUGAGGAUCACCGGGCCGCGGUGUAUGUUGACUUCCUGGCGGCGGAUCCACCGAGCCCAGAGCCGCUGGCUGACGGAGAAAGGAGCCUGGGGGAAAACACGACCACUGGAACAACAACACCUGACUGAACUGGACAAGGCGGAUGCGCUGAUGCUGAGGAAGUCACAUGAAACCGGAUUCCUGUCAUGGUUCCGAAAUGGUUUGCUUUCUACCGGGAUCGGAGUUAUUGCCUUUGUGCAGAGUGACGUAGGAAGAGAAGCAGGAUAUGCUUUUUUCAUCCUGGGUGGAUUGUGCGUGUCAUUCGGCGGAGGCUCCUACGUAGCCAGUUUGCUGUCUCUGAGGAGAAUCAUGCUGCUCUCUCUGCCUUCUGUGCUGCUCCACACAGCCGUGGUGUCCAGUGCUGCCCUCUUCUGGCUGUGUGCCGUCUCCCUCUACAUCGGCCGCCUCGAAGUAGAAAUUAUCCACGAGGAGGACGACGAGGAGGAGGAAGGUGCUGACGAUGGAGGCGAGUGUGCAGAGUGUAAGGCUCGGCGAGACGGACGCCAUGGGAGCGAGAGAGGCCAAGAGAAGUAAUGAAGAGACUCCUACGCUCUGGAGCUCUGUGCUUGGAUCCGAAUUCUGAUCCUGUUCGUAAAUAUCGAAAGACAAUAUAGUUUAUUUUCAUGUUGGAGAAGAUGGGGACGUUUGAUAGUUAUACUGUAAACUGGUCUUUGUCCUGGUCUGGGUGUACAAGGAUCAAGGUCAUGAGUACUCUUUUCUUUGCAAUAUAGAUAAAUUAGUGUAUAUGUGUGGCUGUGUAUAAAUAUUAUAAGCUGUAUUAUAUCUAUGUGAAGCACUUAAAAACUUAUCAGGAAAUAUUCCACUUAAAUGAAUAUUUCAUCAUUUUGUUGUGGAUCCAGUUUCUAAAUCAGUUCCAUAGUUAUUGUCACUGAAUUGGUUUAAAAAAAAAAAAAAAAAAAAAAAAGGCUCUCUAGGUUUUCAGAAGGAUUUGGAUGAGGGGUAGUCUACCUUAAAGGAGCAGUUUGUAAUUUUUAGAGCACUCUGUUGUCUGCAUUAGGUAUUGCAGUUGCAGAGAAAACUGAGAAGACGUCCUGCUUACCCUUGUCUGAUCCCACCCGAUGUGUUCAAACAGUGUUUACCUUGUGAGUUGCCUAUUAAGGUAAGGGUGCAGAGCUGAUAGUUCCUGUGUCAGGAGGCGGAGCUAAUAUCCAGGCUGGAAAAAUGUCAACCGAAGCCUGAAUUAAGGAAACUAACCAGAUACAUUUGCAUGCUAAUGUGUAUUCAAGCACUUAAAAGAACUUGAGUUUCAAGACAUUGGUAUGUCUUCCAUUACUGUUGUUUUGAAGUCCAUUAGUUUUGGUUUUGAAGUGGGUUUUAACAGCUGUGUGCUUGGUGCAGUACUAGAAUUAAUGGUAAAAGUACACGUUUCUCCAAAUCAGCAAAAGGUGGAUUAGAAUGACGGAGGUUUUACUUAUAAGAAGUAACCACUGGUGAUUCUUCACUUUUAUUAUUUAUUCUGUUGUACACUGUUAGUGGAAAAAAUGUUAGAUCUAGACUCUUGAAAGGUUUUUGCAGCUUAUUUAUCUCUGGAAACUUUUAUGUUUUUAUUUGGAAGCCUACAACCGAGUGUUUACCUUUCAGAGAGAGAUCUAUGUAGAUGUAACUGUCAAAAAACCUUUAGGGACCUUUGCCCCCCCCCACCCCCCACCCUCCCAAAAGUGUAUAGUUGCAAAGUGGUUCUAAUGGCUGCCUGCUUUUGCCUGUAGAGUUUCUAUUGUUGAUCUAGGGCCUUGACUUUAUGGCUUUGAAAUAAAACUAAAUCCCUUCCAGAGUAAAGUAUUUUCCAGUUAUAUUCUGGAAAACAGACAAAAAGGAUAACAACCAAAAUGGUGUUUUUCUGCUAGUAAUAUAUUUUGACAUCCAUAAUUUAAGAAAACAAUAAAAUUUUUACCAAAAUGA